AUGUUGCUGAGAAUUUUAAGAUUCAAGCCAGCACAAUAUCACACCUUGCAGGAGCGCAAGUUCGAGACAGGAAGAGGAGCUGCUGAACAGCACAGGGCCGAUGCUAGGGGCAUGUUGGACAGCCACAAGUCAUGGGGCAAAUCAACAAAGGCUAGCAUUGAUAAGAAAGUGGCAGCAUUGCGACAGAAUGGUUCGGAUGCUGAAGAUUCCCCUCUUGCCAUCAAGGAUGGCACAAUGAGCGACUCAGGGUCUGACAAGGAGUUUGGGUUCUCAAGCAACUUGAUGGGCUCCCAGCCAUCCGGAAGCAGAUCGCGCAAGCGCUCUCCUUCUCCUGGUGGAGAUGCUCCCGGCAGAUCAAAAAAGCGAAACGCAGCUCCUGGCCUUGGUGAUCACCCCGUGCCUUCCACUGCCACCGCUUCCAAACUUCGUUCUUCAACUGAGGAGGCCGCGUGUGAGAAAGCCCAAGCGGCUCUUGACAAGGCCAAGGAGAGUUUCAGUGAAGAGAAGUUGUGGGAGACCAAAAUUCGAGCACGUCAGAUCGAGAACGUGUCCAACAGCCUGGCAACCUUGUCUACUCCGCUGUCUAGCAGCGAAAAUCUUCAAACUCAGACCUUGUGUAAGGACAUGAUGCACUUUGCUGAGAAGACAGAGAAGAUCUUCAAACUUUUCCAAGCGGUUCGACAAGCGCCUCUCGAGUCAAUCAAGGCCUUGACGGAUGAGCACAAGGCCGCCACUCGCAUGUUAUGCCCGCCUGUGAUCUCCAAGGUCUCGACUUGGCUGGCCACCCAGGCCUUGAAAGAUUUGGAAAAUGACGCCACUUUGCAGCAGCGGACUGAAGCCUUGUUCCACCUCAUGUCGCUCCAUCGGGAAGGCUUUACCUUGCGCACCUAUGCGGAAGCUGCUGCCAAAGAUUCGGGAGAACAAGCACCAGGCCCGUCCGUAGAGCCCGGAGCUCGUGGACUGCAACUGCAGCUGUUUUCAAUGUGGAUUGACAAAGUCUUUCGGGCCAAGAACGAGCAGAAAUUUCGCCGAUUGGUUGCCCAGGCACCGAGCUUUGCCGUCAAGCUGCACAACUUUGACGCAGAAGCUCCUCUCAACUUUGAAGACGGUGAGAACCAUUGCACCAAGCUUCGCUUGGAGACUUUCACCCUCAAGACCAUGACCAAAGAUUUUGAGGCAGCUGGUCAUCACCAAAGCAUUAGUUCUUCUUCCUCUUCCUAA